GACGCUCCGCGGCCCAGCUGGCUGGCUCGGCUCGCCCUCUGUUGGGAUGGUAACGAGUCCGGAGGUCUCGAGCUGUCAGUAAGAGUCCGUGCGGAUCGGGCUCGGCGCUGAACAGGGGGCAAGUGGACUUACCGAAUGAAGAAUGAAUAAGCAGGAGAUGGCGGAUGAGGCUCUCUUCCAGCUUCUUCAUACGGAGAUCGUUUCUUACGUUUAUAAAUCGGCUGAGCAAGGCGAGAUGGAAAGUGGAAGAUGUGUCACCAAGCUGGAAAACAUGGGAUUCAGAGUAGGACAAGGAUUGAUAGAAAGAUUUACUAAAGAUACUGCACGAUUUAAGGAUGAAUUAGAUGUCAUGAAGUUCAUCUGUAAAGACUUCUGGACCAGUGUAUUUAAAAAACAGAUUGACAAUCUUCGAACUAAUCAUCAGGGUAUUUAUGUGCUCCAAGAUAAUAAGUUCCGUCUCUUGACUCAGAUGUCUGCAGGGAAGCAAUACUUGGAACAUGCACCCAAGGGUUCCGAGGCGUAUCAACAUCUUAAGUUGUCAUUUGCCAAUCCCAACACCAGAAGAUUCAGGCCAACAGGUCAGAAGAUCAAAACCUUGACUAAAGAGUAUUUGGCGUUUACUUGUGGACUAGUAAGAGGUGCUUUAUCAAACUUGGGAAUUAAAAGUAUUGUGACAGUAGAAGUUACUGCAAUGCCUGGAUGUAAAUUCCAAGUAAUGAUACAAAAGAUGUAGAAGAUAUCAUCACAAGUAUUAGCUUUGCAGAUCUAGAUUAUUUAAAACCAUGGAAGUGUUAUUUCAUUAUAUUCUGUAAAAUGGCAUUAUAAUGAAUUUUGUUUACAUAAAUGUUUGUCUUUAGCUAUGUGAUUAAGUUUUGCAAUUUUUAAAUGUGACUUUCAUGAUACACUUAUACCACUGCAAUGAUCAUAAUGCCAUCUGGUAGAAUAAAAGUUCACUUUGGACUAGGUUAAUAAAAUUUUGGACUUGUGUAUUCUAAAUGUUUUUAUGGAUGUAAUCGAGCUGAUUUAUCUGUUUUCUUUUGUUCCAAUUCAUUUUUUAACUCAAUUAUUAUUUUGCGCCACUUUAUCCAUUUGAGAUUGAAAGAAGAAAAUGCCUACAACUGCUGAAAUUUAACUAGAAUAAAACGCUUGAAAUAUGCAACAGCUUCCCAAAGGGGGACCGAUUGUUUUAGGUAAAGAUCUUUAGUUAGUUUACUGGGCCUGUUGUGAUGAAAUCAGCUGUAAUUCAGUUGAUGGCACCCUUGUCUUUUGAGUCAGGUUUAAGUAGCAUUGCAAAGACUUGAGCACAAAAAUUGAGGCUGGCACAGAAAAAAUGCUGAAAUGUAAAAGGUGCUAUUUUUCAGAUGAGAUGUUAAACCAGGGCCCCAUCUGCUCUCUCAGGUGGACAUAAAAUGAUCCUACAGCACUAUUUUGAAGGCCACCAGGGGAAUUAUCGGUGGUGUCCUGACCAAUAUGCAACCCUUAAUUAAAAUCCUAAAAACUGGUCAUCAUCACAUUGCUGUUUUUGGGAGUUUACUGUGUGCAAGUUGGCUGCCACAUUACAACAGUGGCUGCACUUCAAAGGUAUUUCAUUAGCUUGUAAAGAGUUUUUGGUUGUCUUGUGGUCAUGAAAGGUGUUAUAUAAAUGCAAGCCUGUCUUUAAUGUUGACAGCUUUUCAAUUUUUGUGACUGAAGACCUGGAGAGAUAGCAUGUUGAUCUUAACAACACCCUUCUAACAAUGGAGGCAAAGUAAGAAAACCUUGGUACCUCAGCAGAACCACAAUGUCAUUUACUCACAUGAAUGGUUACUUUGGUUGUGUACAGGAAGAGGAUAUAGUGAGAGAAAGAAUCAAUGUGAUUUCUGAUUAUGCAUAAAUAAAACUAAGUUUUGGACUUUUUUUUUCCCCAUAUACUGCUCCUUGGAAUUUAAUCCACAGGUUUAUUCCUUAAUAAAGAACUCUGCAAAUAUAUUUCUUGGAAUGGGGAGAGAAAUUGCAUAUUCAUACUAACAGGUUUAAAUGCCAAAUUUUACUGUGUACUGUAUGCUCAGCAUGUUCUGCUGGAAGGUGCAAGCUAAGGCUUCACGAGUGAAAUCUGCAGAGGUAACCAUUUGAAACUAGUCUUGGGAGUAAUAAUGACAACACUGUAUAAAAAGCUGGUUAGGUCACAGCUGGAAUUUUGUGUACAGUUCUGGUCACCAAGUUAAGGAAGGACAUAAUUGCUCUGGAGGGAGUGCAGAGAAGAUUUACAAGAAUGUUGCCAGGGCUUGAAAAUUGCAGCUAUGAGGAAAGAUUGGUUAGGUUCGGGUUGUUUUCCCUAGAGUAGAGGAGGCUAAGGGGUGACCUAAUUGAAGUGUACAAAAUGAUGAGGGGCCUAGAUAGGGUGGACAGGAAAGACUUGUUUCCCCCAGCUGAGGGGUCAAUUACCAGGGGGCAUAGAUUUAAGGUGAUUGGUAGAAUGAUUGGAGGGGACAUGGGAAAACCUUUUGCACCCAAAAGGUGGUGGGCGUCUAGAAUUCACUGUCUAAGUUGGUGGUUGAGGCUGAAAUGCUCAACUCAUAUAAAAGGUACCUGGAUCUGCAUCUGAAGUGCUAUAAACUGCAAGGCUACAGAUCAGGUGCUGGAAAGUGGGAUUAAAAUGAGCGGCUAAUUUCUCUUUUCGGCCAUUGCAGACACGAUGGGCUGAAUGGCCUCUUUCUGCACCGUAACUUUAUGGUUCAGUUUAUACAAUUUGAUAGCAGUCAACAUGGAUUCCAUAAUUUAAAAUCAUGUUUGAAAAUUAAAUUGGGGGGUAGUAACCUGGUAUGUUUAAUUGUUCUCAGUCAUGCUUAUUUGUCCAAUCCAACAAACUAGAUUUUUUCUCACUUUGUCAGCCAAAGCAACCAUUCAUGUGAGUAAAUUACAUUGAGGUUUUUUUCUCUUCACUAAAUUGAGCAUGUUAUGUUGAUAAUUGGCAAUGCAUCUUUCGUUUGGAGAGCAUAUCACACUCUUUAUAUGACUGAAGUGUGUGUAUGUAAAAGAUUGAAAUUGAGUAGGACAGGUUGAGAUCUGUUGAGAAUUAGGGAGUUUAGAAAAAAGAUUACAGUGCAAUCUAUUUUUGUUCCUUACUUGGGCCAGCAUUAUGAAAAUAGAUUUGAUAUACAGGCUUGCGAUUAAAAUGUAAUCUGUUUCUAAUUUUUCUUUCAGUGAAUAAGCAUGGUCAGUUUAUAUAGCUUGUGUAUACCAGACCAACCUCUGAAUUUGAUAGAUUCUAUAACUUGUCAGAUUUAUUGUAAUGUUUUGACUGGAUCUAAAACAUUAAUAAAAGUAUGAAAAAUA